AUGUCAUCAAACAACAGUGAAAAACCUCAAGUUAGUUCUAUACCUGAGAGCGAAAUUUUGAAUCCUGAUGUACAUGUAUCUGGCCAAUCAGUAAGUGCCAAGUACAGAGGUGCAUUUUGUGAAGCAACAGUAGAUCAUGUGGACCUAAGAUUCCGCCUUCGUGUACAACUAAAGUCUAACAAGUCCUGUGUUUCAGUUGAUGAGACCUGUUUAGUAUCUGGUUCUCCUGUUAUUGGUAAUGAAGUGGUCGUUCGAGUACUUAACAAUUCGGCAGUACUUACUGAGCAAGUUGGCACAGUAAUACGUGUUACUGAUUCCAGUAUUUACACAGUUGUUUUUGAUGAUGGUGAUAAGCGAACCUUACGACGUACUCAACUUGUUUUAAAAGGGGAACGUCAUUUCAAGGAGAGUGAGAGUUUGGACUGUUUGCCUUUAACGAAUCCAGAACAAUUUAGACAACCAGUUAUAGAUCAACGAAGGAAACAUCGUUCAGGUGAAGAUGGUAGUAUCAUUGACGAUAAUAUGGAUGAAGUUGAAAUAGAAGAAGUUGAGGAGAAAGUUGUAAUCAAGGAGUCCAAUCAAGAUCAUGAAUUUGAUAAAGGUAUUUCAUUGAAAGAUGCAGUUGUUGGUGAUCCUAAUUGUUCAAAUAUAACUGAGCGUGGCGUUGAUGUGGAGGAAACUCAUCUUUCAGAUGCUAAUACAGUAAAUGUAUCAGAUGUGGAGGCGACAGAUUUGAAACAUUUGCCUACUGGUUAUCGUCGUUUACUUGGACGUUUAGUUAUGGUUGAUAUGCCAUUAACAGGAAAAGAUUGCUUUGGCUCUCCAUCAUACGGUUCGUCUACUCCAGUUAGCAAAAGUCCUGGAUUGACACCCAAACGUCGAUUUACUCCAGCUGUUGUUGUUUUACCAUCUGCUAUGCCAAGUAUUUGUCUAGGAAAUAUUUCAAACACAUGUGAUGGUGGUAGUACUGAUAACAACAGUACCAGAAUGCAGAAGUCUUAUAAGCUCUUGGUUCGUUCGUUUAAGGAUAAUAGGUUUAUUGCAGUUCCUAUUGCAUUUUUGAAACGCCUCAAACGACCUAAUGCAGUUGAACUGGCACACACUCAUCCAACCCUUCGUUCAGCCUUUGAACGUGCCCUCCUUUGGUUGGAUCGAUAUGAAUUUCCAGUUUCUUGGGGCGAAAAUGCUGUACAGUCAAUGUUAGGGACGAAGAAUUGGCGAUCCUCAAAACAUCAUUGUAGAUCAGGUUCAGAUGUCACUGAAUCGAUGAAUUUUACUUCUUCAAGCUUAAAACACUCACGUACAUCUUCACCUUCAUCUUCUGAAGCGUCACACUCUCCAAAUAACUGCCGGGAAAGUAUUCAGAAAUCUAGUGGUAAAUCAACAACCAAGAAACCUGAAAAAGUUGCUCGUAAACGACCCAGGCUGACGGAUAAAACUCAAGGUUCUCGAUCCAGUUCACGUCUGAAAGUGAAACGAUUCAAAGCUAAUAUUUUAAUUUCAAGUGACACUGGCUACAGACGAAGCGAUGGAUCUUCAAAUGAGUCGAAUUUUGACUUCUUGAAAAAAUCGGCCAUCAAGCGUAACAGUGUUAAAAAAAAUGCAGCUAACCAAAAACCGAAUAAGAAGAAUACUGUCUCUUCUGAUGAUUUAUCUGAUUCAAUAAGUUCUGAUGAAGCUUCGUCGAAUUCUGUUGAUUCUGAUUGUGAUACCAGGUCAUUAAGUUCGUCAAGUAGCUCCACGUCUAAUCUGACUUCGUCUAGCGUAAGCACCGUUAGCAGCACUAGUAGUAGUAGUAGUAGUAGCAGCUCUGAUAGCAACAUUAGUAGUAGUAGUAGUAGUACAACUAGAUCAUAUUUAUCUUCAGAUAAUUCGUCAACUUCGUCGGUAGCUGGAUUUGAGGCACGUGAUAGAUGGAUUGCUCAAUUGUAUCGAUUUAUGGAUGAACGUGGUACUCCAAUCAACAAGGCGCCUAGUUUAGCCAAUAAGGAUUUAGAUUUGUAUAAACUGUACAAACUAGUUCAUAAACUUGGUGGAUUUCAUCGUGUUUCAUCUCAACUUAAAUGGGGUUAUGUUUAUUCAAAGAUGGAUUUACCUCAGAAUUUCAGUGCUGGUCCACGAAAUCUGCAGGCUGCCUUCAAGAAAUAUUUAUAUCCAUGGGACGAUAUAACUAAGAAAUUGGGUACAAAUCUCUGUGAACUUCCGUCUUCUAGGCCGAGAUAUUCUUCUUCAGUACAGAAUUCAAAUCCUGUCGUUACCACCUGUGCUUCAAACAAUUCUGUCUCUGUCAGCACAUCUGUCUCUGGUAAUAACACUAAAUCUUCACGUAUCAAACAGUCUUCCGAUUCUGUUAAUUUGGAUACGGAACGCAAAAACAAUAUCGAUGUAAUUGAAACAACAGAGACUUCAAACACAGAAGAGGAUAAAAAUGUGCGGACUACUGCUGUUACCAAUACCACUAGCAUCAUCCCUACUACUGCCGCCACCACCACCACUACUGCCACUAAAAAACGAGCUUCUGAUAAGAAUUGUGUUAUCGACCAGCAAUCGGCUUCCUAUUUCAAACAAACAAAUGACGAGUACAUUGCUCAGACGACCCCAAUACGGAAGUCAAAUUCAUCGAGUGAAAAAUCAUCUAAAUCUGGAUCUACUGUUGAUGGCUUAGAUAAACCAAAUUUUUCAGAUUCAUCAAACAGUUCACGAAAGUCUCCAUCUAUGAAGGGAUCUAUAAAAUCUUGUGAUCGUGCAGCGAUUGAUUUUCCAUUAAUAAACUUCGGUAGAGAAAUGGUUGGGAUUAUGGAAGAUUCAUCUAAUCGUGUUAUUCCUGUUCGAUCACGUGUACGAGUUCGUUGUGGCGACCAUAUUACCUACGAGGCUAAAGUUUUAAAACAUUUACGUCCUCAACCAAUUGUUUGUGGUUUGAAUACAAAUACUUCUGGUGAUUCAUCAACUGCUGCUGCUUGGGCUGGUGUAGGUGAUAUACAAUAUUGUGUUCAUUAUAUGGGUUGGAAUACAAGACAUGAUGAAGUUGUCCCCAGAUCUCGUAUAAUUUCUGUCAUAGAAUGGGGUCGUGGUACAGAUGAAGAUCGUCCACCUUCUUGUUCGUCUCUCAGUCCAGUUAUCCAUGAACCUCGAAAAGGCAACUCAAUUAAAAGUCGGAGUACAUCGUUUUCGAAAGAUUCUUACUGUAGAUCAUUGGGCUCUAUAGAUACAAAUGUGAAUGAAAAAGAAUCAACAGACAAACAAGAGCAAGAUGAUUUGUGA